UUUUAUCCUUCCAAGGAAUCUGCAAAACCCUAAACCCUUCUGCCCUGCCUCCGCAGUUCAUUCCUGAUUGCAUUUUUCACGACACAACCUCCAACCGUCCUUCUCUUUCCAUGGCUCUGACUAGCGUGGUUCGCAGAUCUGCUUCGCGUAUUGCACCUCUGAUUCUCCGGAUUUCCACCGGAGGAAGUCACAGAUGCACGCAUCUUCACCAGAGCUCGCCGAUUCUAACCGCCGUCAAUCACAGCUCACCAAAUACCUUCACGAGGUCAUUUCCUUCGUUUAUCCAUCACUAUUCAUCAAAGCCGAGCUCCGACGGCGCACUACUCAGAGUGAUCGAGUCCGAGAUAAAGUUCGCUGAAGAUUCUCAGGACGGAGAAGAGGUUGAGGAGGUUCCAAAGGGUUUCCCUUUCCAAAUUGAAGACAAUCCAGGGCAGCAGGCGAUAACGCUGACCAGAGAACUUGAAGGCGAAACCGUAACGGCCGAAGUUUUCAUGCCCGAUCUUGUCACAGGAGAGGAGCAGGAUGAUGAUGGAAAUGACGUGGAAGGAGAAGGGAGGGGAAAUCAAUCGAGCAUACCGCUGGUGGUAAAAGUCUCGAAAAAUGGAGGACCCUAUUUGGAAUUUAGUUGCACUGCAUACCCUGAUGAGAUCACCAUCGACAGCUUAACGGUCAAGGACCCCAAAAACUCCGAGGAUCAGAUAGCUUACGAAGGACCCGACUUUGCGGAUUUGGACGAGAAUUUGCAGAAGGCUUUCCAUAAAUAUCUGGAGAUACGAGGGAUCAAGCCGAGCGUAACGAACUUCUUGCACGGGUACAUGGUGGAUAAAGACAGCAGAGAGUAUAUUGCAUGGUUGAAAAAACUCGAGAAAUUUGUCGAGUCUUAGGAAGGCUUUUCCGGAUCGGAGUACAAUUUUUGGUUUCAUCAGCUGCUACAAUUAAAUUGAGGUUCAAACAUUCCGAUAUUUCUACUUGGUAGGAAUGGUGUUAAGCUGCAUUUGGUCUGCGAAUACUAACACAGCAAUAAAGCUAUUUUAAACA